GUUGGCAAGUGGCCAUAGUGGAGAGAGCAUCUUCGUUGCUCUCGCUUUUUCCUAAACACAGUUGAUUAUUUUUAAUUCGUACUUUAAAAGCCAACUCAAACCAUCAAAGAAAUGGGCAAAUUACCAUUGAGCAUUCAGGCGGUGGAGUCCAGCUGCUGCCUUAACGUGCCGACGCCGAAGAAGAGAAUAGCAUACUCAACAUGGAUGUGGAUUUUGACCUACUUGACAUACUGCGCCUAUCAUCUCUCCCGAAAACCUAUAUCUGUGGUGAAGAACGUCCUCAGCCAGAACUGUUCCAACAUGACGCCUCCGGCUGAGACCAACAACAGCCACUGGUGUGACUGGAAGCCUUUUGAUGGCGAGGAUGCAUCGACUCUCUUGGGGACUGUGGAUUCAUCUUUCCUAUUUGCCUAUGCUGCUGGAAUGUUUGUCAGUGGAAUUAUUGCCGAGAGAGUUGACCUACGCCUCUUUCUGUCAUUUGGCAUGAUAUUUUCUGGUGUCUUCUGUGCCAUGUUUGGUCUUGGCCAUACAUUUGGUGUUCACCAGCUUUGGUUCUACAUUGUGGCACAGGUUCUUAGUGGUUUAAUGCAAACUACAGGAUGGCCAGGUGUUGUAACGGCUUUAGGAAAUUGGUUUGGUAAAGGGAAGCGAGGUUUGAUCUUUGGCAUUUGGAAUUCUCAUACAUCUGUAGGUAACAUUCUGGGUACUCUGAUCGCUGCAGCAUUUGUAACCACGAACUGGACGCUCUCAUUUGUCAUCCCUGGCAUAAUAAUUGCUUCAGUGGGAGUGUUGGUGCUCUUCUUCAUGGUUCCUGAACCAUCGUUAAUUGGCCUACCUAAUCCCAAUAUGAAAAAAGAUCCCGAGGGAGUUUCUCCCCCACCCAGAAGACGGCUUACUCCAGAUUAUACAUGGGCAACGGAUGAGUCCGCAACACUCCUCGAUACCGAUUCCCCUGCUGUUUCUUAUGUUGAGAAAGAUAAGAAAAUGGAGUCGGAACCCAUUAUUCCCGAGGAGAACAAGGACAAGGCCAUCAGUUUCAUCGGAGCUCUUAGCAUCCCGGGUGUAGUGGAAUUCUCCAUGUGCCUCUUCUUUGCCAAGCUCGUGUCCUACACGUUUUUGUACUGGUUACCGAAUUACAUCUUAAACAGCACUCCGUACACCGCAGAGCAGAGUGCUGACUUGUCCACCUUUUUCGAUGUGGGCGGAAUAAUUGGGGGCAUCAUGGCAGGAAUGAUCAGUGAUUACUCGGGCAUGUCAGCUUGUACGUGCUCCGUAAUGCUUGUCUGUGCCAUUCCUAUGCUGUUCAUAUACCAGACGCUGAGCUCUGCAGGUUUGGGCUUGAGUAUAUUCCUGCUGAUCCUUGUUGGACUUCUAGUAAAUGGUCCGUAUGCUCUGAUCACAACGGCAGUGUCUGCUGACCUGGGGACCCACGAGUCUCUUAAAGGCAAUUCCAAAGCCCUUGCCACAGUGACGGCCAUCAUUGAUGGCACUGGCUCCAUAGGAGCUGCAGUUGGACCACUAAUCGCUGGCCCUGUAUCGGAUCUUGAUUGGGACUACGUCUUCUAUAUGCUUAUGGUAGCUGAUGUGUUGGCUCUCCUUCUCUUGACACGGCUUGUUAUUCGAGAGGUUCAGAAAUGGCAAAAUCGGCGCAGACAAAACUCCCAUUCCAUUCUUUGAAGAUUUUAAACAAAUCUAUAGGUUUAUUCAGCAAAAAUAUUUUUUUUUUUAGGGUGUAUGUAGCAUAUUUUUACUAAAUGUAUUGAGUAACUAGUUGUCAUAUUUAUGUUUUAUUUAUGUAAAUAUUUUAGUGGAUGGAUGCUCAGAAUAUUUUUGUUUGCUGAAUGUUUUAUAUUAAGGGCAUAAGAGAAUUCAUAUUCAUAAAAUUCAUUGGCAGAAUUCAGUAGAAGUACUGCAGUGGGAGAGUAGUUUAUUUAUAUUGGUGCAUGGUUGC